UGUGCGUUUGAAUACCACCUGUAUUCAAUUGCCAAUCAAAGGUUUUAUACGCGCAGCUGGCGCCGAGGUUCUGUUGUCACUCUGGGUUUUUUUUAUUUUUUUUUAUUUUUAAACAUAACUUCAUUAUUUUAAGCAGAGGGUGUUUGGCUGACAAGGAGGAAAGUUGUCAGCGAAGGAGGUGAGGUGAAUGGUAUAGUUCUGGGACGCGUUCAACAUCUGCCGCGCUUCAUGGAAUCCAAUACCAAAAUUUUCCAUCCCUGGAAGGAUUAUAUGGGACUGUCGGACACAAUCAGAAACAUCCUGGGCCGGAACACCGCCACCGAAUCCGUUGACUGUAUGCAAAGUCUCCCCGGUGAAUAUUCAGGUUACGCAGCAGAAUGCGUUGGUUCUGAUGCACCAGGUGCGGUGGGUAGUAAGCCUGUGGCAAGACCAACGGGCCCCCGGGGGCCAAAAGACCGCAGAAAGACAACUAGUUUUAAAACGCCCGAGCCGCCACCAUCAUCUGAGCGCAUGUGCUGCAGUUUCUGUAAGCACAAUGGGGAGUCGGAGUUGGUGUACGGAUCCCACUGGCUGAAGAGCCAGACAGGAGAGGUUUUGUGCCCCUACUUACGGCAGUAUGUGUGCCCCCUCUGCGGGGCUACGGGCGCCAAAGCACAUACGAAGCGCUUUUGUCCAAAGGUGGACAGCGCAUACAGCUCUGUCUACACCAAGUCCAGACGCUGAUCCAACAGGUGACAGGCUAGCAAUAAGACACUGGACAGAAGGCUGAAUCCUUCUGUGUGUGAUAUUUGUUUGGUGUGUUUGGUGUGUUUUUACUUUGCUGGACAUUUUGUUGGCCUAGACCUUUUGUUGGUCAACAGCGUCUGUUUGGUGCUGGGUUUUUGCAAACUACAUUCAAGAACGACUGCCAGAUCUUAUGUUUGGGAGAAGAACACCUGUUUAUCGGUGAAACGUUUAUUUUACAUAUUUUUUAAAUGUCAGUGUCCAAUCUCACAUUUACCGCAAAUGCAUUGAAAGAUUCGAACAUUAUCACAAAACGACCCACAGUCAUAAGUUAUAACUGUACUACAGCAUGAAAACAUCAUGCGUCCAUAUUAGUAUUUUAAAUUUUUAAACAUAUUUAACUUGUUCUUGCUUUGAAAUGUGUACAGUGAAUGUUCCUUGGGCAUGCUACUUUUAUUUUAUUUGUGGCUUCUUUAAAAAUGC